GACAGGAUCCGGCCGAGGCGGGCCGGAGGGAGGCGGAGAAGGGGGGCGGCCCAGCAGGCCCGGCUCCGCCUCAGGCCUGGAGCGCGGGAAGCCUCGAAGCCGGGGGAGAGCAGGCCGCGCGGCUAAGGAAAAAUGCCUUUGUCCCAAAAGCCAAUGAGGUACGGCCAUACGGAAGGCCACACAGAUGUCUGCUUCGAUGACACUGGAAGCUGCAUCGUGACUUGUGGCAGUGAUGGAGACGUCAGGAUAUGGGAAAGUCUGGAUGACGAUGACCCCAAGUCCAUUAACGUGGGAGAAAAGGCUUAUUCGUUUGCUCUGAAGAACGGAAGGUUGAUUACUGCCGUGUCUAACAACGUUGUUCAGGCUCACACGUUCCCGGAGGGCGUUCCAGACGGUAUCCUGACUCGCUUCACUAUGAAUGCCAAUCACGUGGCUUUCAAUGCUGAUGGGAGCAAAGUCGCUGCAGGAUCCAGCGACUUUUUGGUGAAGAUUGUGGAGGUGGCCGACAGCAGCCAGCAAAAGACCUUUCGAGGGCACGAUGCGCCGGUUUUAAGCGUGUCCUUUGAUCCAAAGGAUGCUUUUCUGGCUUCGGCAAGCUGUGAUGGAUCUGUCAGAGUGUGGAAGAUUGCAGAGCAGAUCUGCGAGAAAAGCUGGCCACUGCUGCAGAAGUGUAACGAUGUGAUAGACGCAAAAUCGAUAUGUCGACUCGCCUGGCAGCCAAAGACAGGAAAGUUGCUGGCCAUCCCAGUAGAGAAAGUUGUUAAGCUGUACAGGAGGGAAACGUGGGAGCAUCAGUUUGAUCUGUCAGAUGACUUCAUCACCCAGCCCCUCAAUGUUAUAUCCUGGUCUCCCUGCAGACCGUUUGUGGCAGCUGGAAGUGUCGGUGGCUGUAUUAUCAUUUGGAAUGUGGAUACACAGGAGUGCUUGGAGAGGGUGAAACAUGAAAAAAAGGUUCAAGCACCAUCUGCAAUGGGUUGAAAUUGGCAUCCGAAGGCCAAUCACGUGGCUUAUACAGAUGCAGAAGGAAAUCUGGGAAUGCUCGAGAACGUCUGUGGUGCAGAUGGAAAGAAAACAGACAUCAAGGUAACUACUCUGAAUGCACUUUUAAGCGAAUGGGACGACAGCGGGGAUUUCCUGAACGGGACUCCCCUGUUGGAACCCCAGUCGUCCCCAAGGGCAGCAACAAACGAUGAAGAGGAGGAGGACAACCUGACGGCAGCCUCGGGACGGCCCAGAAACCGAGGAGCAAUAAUAGAAGAUGAUGAGAACUCAAUAGAUCUUGCGUUGCUGAAGGCGAAUUCCGCUCUCGAUAAGCUGGAUGAAGAGGAUGACCAGGAGAGCCUUCCUCCUGCCCUGCCACAGUCCCCCACGCAGAAGCCGUACUACGACGGGCCGUUGCCAACUCCUCGGCAAAAGCCGUUUCAGUCCGGCUCCACCCCAGUACAUCUCACACACCGUUUCAUGGUAUGGAACUCUGUUGGUAUCAUCCGCUGCUAUAAUGACGAGCAAGACAACGCUAUUGAGGUGGAAUUCCAUGACGUUGCCGUACACCACGCCAUGCACUUGCCCAAUUCUUUGCAUCACACGAUGGCAGACCUUUCCCGGGAAGCUGUUUUACUAGCCUGCGAGAGCACGGAAGAGCUGGCGAGCAAACUUCACUGCAUCCACUUCAGCUCCUGGGAUUCCAACAAAGAGUGGACUGUCGACAUGCUGCAGAAUGAGGAAAUCGAAGCCGUCUGUUUGGGCCAGGGCUGGGCUGCCUGCGCCACCAGCACCCUCCUGGUCCGCGUGUUCACGGUGGGGGGGAUCCAGAAAGAGCUCUUCAGCCUCCCGGGUCCGGUGGUGUCCAUGGCUGGACACGGAGAACAGCUGCUGGUGACCUUCCACAGAGGUACUGGCUUUGAUGGGAAUCAGUGUCUUGGAGUUCAGCUGAUAGAGCUUGGAAGAAAGAAGAGACAGAUUUUUCAUGGGGAUCCACUUCCCGUUUCCUGGAAAUCCUAUUUAACGUGGGUAGGAUUUUCAGCAGAAGGCACCCCGUGUUACGUCGACUCGGAAGGCAUCGUGCGCAUGCUGAACAGAGGCUUUGGAAAUACGUGGACUCCUGUCUGUGACACGAGGGAGUAUUGUAAAGGGAAGUCGGACCACUGCUGGAUUGUGGGCAUUCACGAAAACCCGCAGCAGCUGAGAUGCAUCCCGUGUAAAGGAGCUCGAUUCCCACCAACGCUUCCUCGCCCUGCUGUAGCCGUCUUGGCCUUCAAAAUUCCUUUUUGUCAGACUGCAACAGACAAGGGGCAGAUGGAGGAGCAAUUCUGGCGUUCUCUCCUAUUCCACAAUCACCUGGAGCAUUUAGCCCAAAGUGGAUACGAAUGUGAUGAGAGCGUGAAAGGCCGGGCCGUCCAGGAGCAGCAGAAUCUCUUGAUGAAAAUGUUUGCGCUUUCCUGCACACUGGAACGUGAAUUCCGCUGCGUGGAGCUGGCAGAGCUCAUGACUCAGAACGCCGUGAGCUUGGCCAUCAAGUACGCUUCGCGUUCUCGGAAGCUCAUCCUUGCCCAGAGGCUGAGUGAGCUGGCAGCAGAGAAAGCGGCCGAGCUGGCAGCUGCCGAAGAAACUGGCAGGGAAGAGGAUUUCAGGAGCCACCUGAAUGCCGGCCACAGUAAUACUGCCACGGAAUGGAGUCAGAGCAAAGUCCGAAGCCUCCAGCACCAGCAGAACACGGAAGGCAGUGAGGAAGUCGAGGAUAAUGAGGAAGAAAUCUCUGAAGAGGCAAAAUCAAGUUCCCCCACACUGUUCAGAAAGGAACCCACUUCCAAAUCUGCAAAAGUUGCAGUUGUAUCGAGCAGCCAAGGACGAGUUAAUCCAUUCAAGGUGUCCAGUAGUCAAAAGGACCCUGUGGCUCACUCGAUGAAUAUCUUAGACAACAUGACCAAACUCCCUAAGAAGAAUCCCACACCAAUCAGACGAACCGUUCCAGGCAAGGAGAAGAGCUCAGUGAUAAAGCCGCUGGUGCCCAAGCCCAGGUCAAAGCAGGCUGCUGCAGCGGCGUUUUUCCAACCCCGAACACCCAUCUCUGAAAAGAAAAGCAGUGAAGAGAGAGAAAAAGCCGAAGCUUCACCCUCUGAAACCCAAACUCCAACUGAGAAUGGUGACAAUAACAGGCCAAAGACCGGAUUCCAAAUGUGGCUGGAAGAGAACAGAAGCUUCAUUUUGGCAGAUAAUCCUGAUUUUGAAGAAACGGAGAUAAUACGGGAGGCCAUGGGUCGAUUUAGAACGCUGUCUUCUGAAGAGAGGAUGGUUUGGACGGAGAGAGCCAAAGGAAGAGCAGCUGGUGACUCUGGCGAAGGGAAGAAGAGGAAGCACCCGGAAGGUGUCGGCGAUGACGGGCAAGAAAGCCCGGAACAAGAAUCGAAAGAGAACAUCAGCUCCGCCAAGAAACCCAAACCUUCUGACGGGACAGCGUGCUCGAAGCUAGCAGCGUUUGCGUUCAAGCAGAGCUAACUGACCGUUGUUGCCUUGAAAAAAAUCAUAUUGUAUGAACAGCCCAGCCAGCAGGUAACCACAGAGAAGAGGUGGUUUUGUUUUGAGCGUUCCAGCAUCGAAGCUCUUUCUGGAAAUAGUUCUGCACCCUUGGAUGGGUGCGGAUGAAUCUAUGCCUGUCUUGCAUAGAGUAAUUGCUCGUUCCGUUUGCCACUGUGUAUGUUAGAGGGGUUACCAUUUUAAGCUGUGUUACCCAAGGAGUUUGGUCUCAACAGAGUCUGAAUCAAUGAGCCAAGAGCCAUAUAUUUCCCUGCUGAGAUUUUUCCAACGGCUUGACAUCUUGCCUUUGGAAUGGUACACCAUAGCAAUGCAAAGCAACAGAAUAAAGUGACUUCGGUCGAUGGCCCAUGCACUAGGUUGGCACAAAAAUGCUCUCAUGACCCUAGAGCUGCGCUUUGCACCUUGGGAAUUGAAGCAGUCUUUCUCCAGACGCGCUUCUUAUGUUGUCUCUAAAGGUGGGUAGGAAAUUUUUGUACGUAAUCGCUCUGUUUGUUGGAGCUUGUACGUUCUCCCCCCCCCCCCCCCCAGCAGAUCAGCGAACUGACUGAAUUAUAGAGUAAGAGUCAUUCAGCCCACACCUGGUUUGUGUAGUUCAGCCCUACCCUGGAGAAGAAUGUGGGAAAGAUUUAUCGUCUUGGGUAUACAGAGGUAUCGUUGGACAUGUCCGUGUGCUAUAUUGCAAACAGACUCACCUGGGCUCAGGUGGUUCCACAGUUUUCUCUCCACAAUGUUAGGAUGUUUGUAUUUUUUUGUUUCCUUUGUAACUAAAUAAAGAAACAACAUUUUUGUA